AUGUCUAACGCUCGAAGCUUCAAAUACUUGCCAAUCUUGGUCCAGGACGAAGAAAGUGAAAAAGACUUUAUCCACCGCCCCAAACGAAUCAUUCCGGCAAAUUUGUUGAAGUUUACUUGCCUUCUAAUCGUUGCAUUGCCGUAUGCUCACAUCCUAUGGCCAAAAGAACACUCAGUGUUAGUGGUCAUUGAGAAUGACGAGAUGUUUCUUACAACAGAUCCGUUUGUGAAUGAUAGUGAAGACCAGCUCAAUCCCCCUUGGGACGAACUCUACGUCGGAAGUUGGGUUGCAAUAGAAUAUCCUUCCAUUGUUGGGACUCCGCCUCCUGGCAUGAGAAUGAAUGAGGUAGCAGCUGAACCGCAUAAGUGGGCAGAAGAGAGUGAGGGUUACGGAGUCGCUGUCAUGCAUCAAAUCCACUGCAUUAUGACUAUCAAGCAUGCUCUGUACGAUCUAUCAUGUGUCAUGCCGAUCUUACACUCGAACACCCCGAAGACAGAGGAAGUACGCAGGGUCUUUCAGGUUGGGGUAACACUCACUUUUGCCGCGACUGGCCCAGCGUUGUUCAAUCCAUUCGGGAUAGAGCAAUUGAACGUACUGCUGAAGGUUGGAUUAGGGCAACGACAUCCGGCACAGGAAAGAUUGAUCAUAGCCAGCAUGGGUGAAGGUCAGCAGGCUGUCGGUAAAGCUGUGUAUGCAGUGCUUUCCGUGGAGCCUCAACCACAAAAUGCUUAUUUGCGAAAGCAUUUUAAGGUAAUGGAAUUGUAA